UUCUCUUAGGAGAGAGGAAAUAGCAGGUCCUGGGAAAAUAAUCUCAAACAAACCCCAAACCAAAUUGAAACAAAACAACUCUAGUACUAUCAUCAAAUACAUACUACAAUCCAUCAAGAUGGAUUAUCUAGAUGCCACCAUUGAUAGCAUGGAGAACAGUCGCUUUGCCGCCCUAUAUGGCGGCUUGGUCAGGGAACUAACAGCCACAACGCAUUUUUCGCAGACGGAUAUCAACUGUCUGCUCAUGGUUUACUACAAGUUCGCCAAGGUCAAUGGGCCAAAUGCCAAGCAGAUGACCAAGGUUCAGUUCUAUGAACUGUUUCUGGUGCUGUUCAAGGUCUCGAAUGUCACGACCAUAGAUCGGACUCUAUUUGUCGUCACCAAGGAUGUGAAGUACGUGAGUCCAAAGGCUUGGGUGCAGCUCUUUUGUCUCUACACAACCGAGGAUCUCUCAGUGCGUAUGCGCUUUGCCUUCGAUAUCUAUGAUACAAAAGGAACUGGCUUAUUAGAUCGCGAACAGAUCAGCUUGGCCUGCGAUAAAUUCUUCGUUGGCGAGGACGAAGAUGAGAUCACCGAACUAAGAGCGGACAUGGGUGAGUUCCUCAUCAAGAAGUUUGAUGUCGACAAGGAUGGUUUUAUCUCUUAUGAGGACUACUCCACUGUGGUCUCCGAGCAGCCGUGUCUGCUCGAGUUCUUGGGGCAGCUGUUUCCCUCUCCCUAUGACCGCGAAAUAUUGGCCCAUUGCAUUAAUAUGGAUUCGUUUCUGACUGUAGAGUCAGGUCGUCUCAAUUAAUGUUGGUUGAAUUUGUUAGUGUUUAAGAGCAGUUGAAUAUAUUU